GAACGCAGCAUCACUUUCUCCAGUCCUUGGCCCCGCCCCCUGACCGCUGCGCUCUGUAUGUGUGUAUGUGAGCGCUUCAGGGUUACUACAUGUAAGUUGUGAAUUGUGGUUGCUGACCUGCUGGUGCCUUAACUUCUAUCUGUACAUGCAUGAUCAUUGCACGACAACUCCUGCUUCGCACCAGGUUUGCAUGUCAUUCAGUGAGCAUAAACUGCAGAUGGUUUUGCACUUCACAGCAUAUAAAGAUGUCACGGCACACUCACUCAAAAAGAAUCGAGGGACUGGACAAGAAUGUGUGGGUGGCGUUUACGUCACUGGCAGCGGACCCGUCUGUCGUUAACCUGGGUCAGGGCUUCCCAGACAUUCCUCCACCUUCUUACAUCAAGCAGGCACUAGCGGAGGCUGCAUCAGUGGACAGGAUGAACCAGUACACCAGAGGCUUUGGUCACCCAUCCUUGGUGAAGGCCCUUUCUCAGGUUUAUGGGAAGGUCUGUGGGCGCCAGAUUGACCCCUUAAAAGAAAUCCUGGUCUCAGUAGGAGGUUAUGGUUCCUUAUUCAGCUGCAUGCAGGGACUGGUGGAGGUGGGAGAUGAGGUCAUCAUAAUCGAACCUUUCUUUGAUUGUUAUGUGCCUAUGGUGCGAAUGGCCGGGGCCAAACCUGUGUUGAUACCGCUACGCCUUAAAUCUGGAAAGAAGACAAUCACAAGCGCCGACUGGUAUCUCGAUCCAGAUGAGCUUUCCAGUAAAUUCAACUCCAAGACAAAGGCCAUCAUCAUCAACACCCCUAACAAUCCUAUUGGGAAGGUUUUCACCAGAGACGAGCUGCAGAUGAUUGCCGACCUCUGCAUCAAACACGACACUCUGUGCUUCAGUGACGAGGUCUAUGAGUGGCUCAUCUAUAGGGGACACGAACAUAUCAAGAUUGCCACUCUGCCUGGAAUGUGGGAUAGAACAGUCACUAUCGGCAGUGCCGGGAAGACGUUUAGUGUUACUGGAUGGAAGCUCGGUUGGUCCGUAGGACCUGAGCACUUGAUAAAGCAUCUUCAGACCGUCAUGCAGAACACGCUGUAUACCUGUGCGACACCUUUACAGGAGGCCGUGGCACAAGGUUUGCUCCGGAACUUUGAGCUGAUGGGUCAACCAGAGUGCUACUUCACUUCACUGGCUGAGGAACUGGAGGGCAAGAGGAACCGCAUGGCCGCCAUCAUAAAAGAUGUCGGCAUGACUCCUGUUAUCCCGGAGGGAGGCUACUUCAUGCUCGUCGACGUCACAUCUCUCAAUCAGGACCUGUCACAUGUGGUCGGUGAUGACGAUGAAGCCUACGACUAUAAGUUUGUGAAGUGGAUGGUAAAAGAAAAGAAACUGGCAGCCAUUCCAGUCACAGCGUUUGUUGGAGAUGAAUCCAAGAAGGAGUUCGAGAAAUAUAUUCGCCUUUGCUUCAUUAAGCAAGACAGUACUCUCGCCGCUGCGGAGGAAAUCCUUAAAGGCUGGAAAAAGGUUUAACGGGACUCACCGUCUGAACGGCAUUCGAUAUUCGAAUGUUGCACACAAACUGCAGAUUGAUGAAAUGAUCAUAGUUAAAAUCAUGACGAGUGAAAUGCCUCUGAAUCCUGUUUUAAGGGAGAUAAUCUAACAAUCAGUGUUACUGACCUGAGCUGCUGUGAGAAAUCCUUUAAGCUGUGAGAUCGUGUUGAUUUGAGAUGAGAUGCCAUUUUUAUCUAUUGCCCCACAGUGGAUGUGAAAAAAACCCCCAGUGUUCAUUCCUGUUGUCAUACAGUAUUGAUUGAUUCAGUUGAUAUUUUUGAGUUUCUAACAUUCGAUAUUCCUCCUGGCUGUGACUGUGCCCUGUCUUGAGUUUCUAAUAAAACUGAAACACAGAUACAA